UGCAGUGCAGGUGUCUGUGCACAUUUGUAGAAGAACUAAAAUAUUUUUUUUAAUUUAGUUUCAAAAAAUAAAAGAGAGGUGAACUAUGGGCUCUGUGGAUGAUGUGAAGGCUGAAUUGGUAGCAAUGACCAAAGCUGCCUUAUUCCCUAAGAACUGCGAAAAAGGGGAUAUACCACAGAAGGUUCUGGAUCCCCCUCCCAGCAGCACUAACGCAACAAGGGACACACAGAACAAGCCAGUUGCUAAACCUCGCCUAAACAAACUUGGUGCCCCAAAGCAGACAAAGAACCGAGAUGGCAAUGAUGAUCAUGCCUCUUGUGACACAGACACUGCCUCUUCAUGUACAACUUGUUGUUCUUGUGUGUGUCAUAAUGUCAGCGAGGAUGGACCAAAGAAACCCCCCGAUGAGCAUAAUUAUGACAGCUCUUAUAUUAGCUCUAAAAAUGAAGAUAUCCUUGUACCUUUACUUGCAAGACCGCUUCCCGAAGAACCAUGGAAGAUGACUCUAAUGAAUGAAGGAUACACUACUGAUAAUGAUUAUGCAGGCGUUUAUGUUGAAGCUGAUGAGCCAAAGCACGAUGACACAGCACCUACAAGGAGUAAAAUUGAGGCAAAUGCUGCUGCCCCGAAGGUCCUUUCCAAAAAGCCAACUCUUACUGCAGAGAAGUCAAUGGCCCCUCAGAAGCAGUCUAAAUAUCUGGCUAACCGGAAAAAAUUGAUGAAGGAGUUAUGCUGGAUAUUUUCACCUGAAAACAAAGAGAAUCCCAAAACUGUGAAAGAAAUAGUGGCCAAAAUAAAGUCCUCUCAGGAGGAUGACUAUCAGAUCGAAUGCUGUUUUCUUCCAUUUGUGAAUAAAACAAAAGAAAAAGAGGAGCUUCUUCAGAAGAGUAUUUAUGAAGUGGCAACUUCUGAGCGGUCUUAUCUUGAACGACUAUCUGUCGUUGUGAAACAUUUCAUGGAAUCCCCUGAACUAAAUUCAGCUAUAGCUCCAAGAGACAAAGAAAUACUAUUUUACAAAAUGCAUGAAAUUAGAGAGAUCAGCCAGAAGUUCCUGGAGUCAAUGGACCAGAAUUUGGGCUCCGAGUUGUUUUGUAAAGUCAUUUGUGAUGUUGUGCAUCACUACGCCUCUGAAAAAUUCAGUGCUUAUAUGAAGUACAUUUGCAACAUGCCAUGCCAGAAAGACACACUCAUUAUCCUGAGGAAGGAGAACGAUGGCUUUGUGGAGAUCGUGAACAGGCUUGAAAUGAAUCCAUGUUGCAAUCGGUUGUCUUUUGACUCUUUUCUCUCACUGCCAUUUCAGAGGAUCUUACAACUUAAGGUCUUAAUGGAGACAAUCUCAAAAAGGUCAGCCUCAAAGUCUGAAGUUCAGGCCUCUGCAAAAGCAGCCCUGGCAAAGAUUUGUGAGGUUCUGGAGAUAUGCAAUAGGGAACUGGGGAAGAUGGAACAAUUUAAGGAGCUUGUCACCAUUUCCAACAAAAUAGAGUUUAAAUACAAGUCCCUGCCACUGGUGUCACCAUUGCGCUGGUUAAUUAGAGACGGUGAAGUGACCCAGCUCGCUCUCAAUAAGAACAUUUUUGGCCAGAAAAAAAACUGCCCUCUCCGUUUGAUCCUUUUCAAUGAUUUGCUCCUGUUGGCCUCAAAUAAAGGGUCAGACAGAUAUGUGGUGCAUGAUCAUGUCCACCGCUCCCUCACUGAGGUCAAGAAGGGUGAUCAAGUAGAGGUUGAUCUGGAAGGAUAUAAUGUGAGUAAAGUAUUUCAACUGGCCGUUAUGAAGUGCCACAGCGGACAGUCAAACCAACUUUUACUGCAGACUUCUACAAUAGAAGAAAGAGACGGCUGGUUUGAGGUGUUGAAAGUCGAAAAAGGAGUAUAUGGAGAGUUGGAUUGUCCCCAGGUGCUAUGUACUGAGGCAUAUACUGGACAACAACCUGGAGAGCUUAGUCUACAGCCAGAGGACAAAAUCAACGUCUUCCAAAAAACACCUGACGGUUUAAUGGAGGGUAAGAGGCUUCAUGAUGGGAAGAGGGGCUGGUUCCCUGCCAAGUGUGUGAAGGAGAUUGUUAAUGAGCAUGUGCAAAGACGCAAACUGCGUGAGGACUAUCCCAAGCUCCAGGCAGCUGAAAACAUACCUGACAUUUGUCAGGACAAACAGACUACCUGCUUCAAUAUAUGUUAAUUAGAAUAUUUAUUAUCUGCAUAUUUUAGCUUACAGACACCGCAGGGUACCAUAAGGGUAAGAUAAAAAAAAGCACUUAGAAGCAUGUUUUAUAUAAAAUUAAUAAAAUUAGCAUUUAUACGGUUGGCCUACUCUUCAUUCUUCAGGGACAUAAUCUCUAAAAAUAAUCAAAUCUAUAUUAUUAUUAUGGUUUCAUCUGACUAAUAUUCUCAUUUGUUGUCAUGGUGAUGGAAAGCAUUGUUCUUUACUGUGCUAUCUUAAAGUUUAUUUAGAUUUUAGAAGUUUUAGAUUUUAGAUUUUAUUUAGAAGUUGAUCAGAUUUCCCAGUUUUUAGUCUUUUGUAAAGUAA